AGGGAAGUCAGUUUAGUGGAAAGCCCCGAGGCUGGAGUCAUCUCCCGUGCCCUCUCUCCGGGCUCCUACAUGCAGAUUGCAAAUCGAGGAUAGGGGAGGGGGCUCGGCCCACCCAGCUGCGUCGACCGUCGUUACAGACGAGAGGGGUCGCUGCGGAGCCGGUUCUGUCGCCCCCUCCCCCGUGAAUAACGGGGCUGGGGAAAAUGAGAACGAGAGGAAACGCAGUGGGGGUGGAGAAAGAGUUCACUUUGGCGGCUUUUCUCAGGAUAGAACUGAGCGCGCGAAGAAACAAGCUAAUCUCCCGCCGCCACUCGUGCCCGGCCUGAGAGGGCGCCGCGCGUAAGUAGGCAGCCAGGUAAAACGGACGAGUCCUGCUCGCGAAGGAGCAAAUCGGAGAGGGGGAGGGAAAAGAUAAGACGAGAGCCGACCUCCGGCUUACUCCGAACUUCAUUUGCGCUUGGCGGCGGCAGGAGGAGGAGGAGAAGGAGGAAGAAGAAGACGUGAGGCGCGCGCGUCCGUCUUUAGGUUUGGUCUGAUUGCAGGAAAGUCACUCCCCGUCGGCAGCUUUUAAAGCCCCUGGUAGCGCAUCGUGACUGCCUUGGGGCCGUUGCGGAAGAGGCCAAAAGUGUACAGCUGCAGGAACAGGCGACUCCCCCUACUGUGCGUGAGGGUGGGUGUGUUCGCGCAUUUGGAGCGGCAGCGGCUGAGGGACGGUGAAGGCUCUCUCUGUUCCAGGAGCUGGGAUUAUACUGGCUGGCGGGUACGCGAAGUUUGUUCACCGGGAGAAUGCAUUAUGAGGAGUCCUCCUCGCCGGCCUUGCAGAGACCCCGCUAUGGCUCUAUUGUGGAUGAUGAGCGGCUUUCAGCAGAGGAGAUGGAUGAAAGGCGACGUCAGAAUAUAGCUUAUGAGUACUUAUGCCACCUAGAGGAAGCAAAAAGAUGGAUGGAAGUUUGUCUUGAUGAAGAGCUGCCACCAACUACUGAACUGGAGGAAGGUUUAAGGAAUGGUGUUUACCUUGUCAAACUAGCAAAGUUCUUUGCACCCAAGUUGGUCUCUGACAAGAAGAUCUAUGAUGUGGAGCAGACACGUUAUAAGCAAUCAGGUCUUCAUUUCCGGCACACAGAUAAUACUGUACAAUGGCUACGGGCAAUGGAAUCCAUUGGCCUGCCUAAAAUCUUCUAUCCAGAGACCACAGAUGUCUAUGAUAGGAAGAAUAUACCUCGAAUGAUAUAUUGCCUCCAUGCACUAAGUCUUUAUUUGUUUAAACUAGGAAUAGCUCCACAGAUCCAAGAUUUGCUGGGGAAAGUAGACUUUACAGAGGAAGAAAUCAGUAACAUGCGGAAGGAAUUGGAGAAGUAUGGCAUACAGAUGCCAUCAUUUAGUAAAAUUGGAGGCAUAUUGGCCAGUGAACUUUCUGUGGAUGAAGCUGCAUUGCAUGCUGCAGUAAUUGCAAUUAAUGAAGCUAUUGAGAAGGGAGUAGCAGAUCAAACUAUCAAAACUCUGAAAAAUCCCAAUGCUAUGUUAGUCAAUGUGGACGAUAAUCUUGCCCAUGCAUAUCAAAAGGAACUUUCAGAAGCUAAAAAGAGAAAAGAAGAGAAUUCGAGACUGAAGAAUGGCUCAAUUCUGGAGGAGGAAAGAGAUGUGUAUGAAGAGUUGCUGACACAAGCUGAGAUACAGGGAAACAUCAAUAAGAUCAACAAACUUAUAGCAGUUGACAAUAUCAAUACUGCAAUUCGUAACUGUGACCCAAAUAAGACAGUUGCUUCUCUGAUGAAACCUGAGGCUCAGUUGCCUGAUGUUUACCCAUCUGCUGCUACUGUUUAUCAGACUGAACUCUUCAAUCUUCAGCAACAGAAUGCGGUGAAAUAUUUGGCUCAUGAUGAACUGUCUAUUGCUGUUGAAAUGCUAUCAGCAGUGGUGCUCCUAAACCAGGCUUUGGAAAGCAAGAACACAGCGGCAACAAAGACUCAUCUCAGCAACCCAUGUGUUGGCUUUAAUAACUUGGAAGAAGAGAACUUGCAGCGUUAUGCUGACACCUUGAUGUCUAUUAAGUUAGAAGCUUCAUCUCAAGGACAACACUAUUUAAGCUGGAAUGAUAUCCAGAACUCUAUUGAUAUGGUUAAUACACAAAUUCAAGAGGAAAAUGACAGGAUUAUAGCAAUUGGUCACAUUAAUGAAGCCAUUGACCGGGGAGAUCCUACAAAAACAGUAGAAGCACUGCUGCUUCCUACAGCAAAACUGCAAGGUGUGAAAGAAGCAAAUGCAUGGCAUUACCAGGACAUUCUGAAGAAUGCAAAAACACUCAAGUGCCAGGAAUCUCAUGAUGAUUCUUCAGUCCUUUGGCUGGAUGAGAUACAGAAAGGAAUUGAUGAUGCUAACAGAAACUUAGAAGAUGCAUCAAAGUUGGCUGUUGGGACGAUAAUGAUAAACCAGUGUUUAGAAAAAGGUGACACUGGCCAGAUAAUCACCAUUCUACAAUCCCAUAACUUCAAUUUAAGAGCUCUCCUGGAGUGUGCUGAAACCUACUACAAUAGUCUGUUGGAAGCCAAGAAUCUAAAAAUGAAAGAUCCUGAUGAAGGCCCGUGGAUAAAAACUUUAAUGCAAGGCAGCUACAAUUACUACUUCGAUGUGGGAACUGGAAAGGGUACUUGUGUACCACCUGAAGGAAUUGUGCCAAAAACUUCUUGGCUAACUGGUGAAGAAAUUCAGACUGUUGUUUCCCAGGUUACAUCUGAUUACAAAAGAGAACAGCUGUGGUUUGCAAAUGAGGACCUGAUCAUUCAGCUGCAAGCUAAAGCAAGGGGAUUCCUUGUCAGAAAAAAAUAUAAGGAAAGAAAAGCAUAUCUGAAAAACCAGCAGCCAUCAGUGAUAAAAAUACAGGCAUCCUGGAAAGGUUAUAAGCAAAGGAAAAGCUACUCUGAAAGACUUCAAAUGUUGCAAAGAAAUGUCGCUUCUGUUGUCAAGAUUCAGUCAUGGGUCAAAAUGUGGUUAGCAAGAAAAGCAUACAAGGAACGGAUGCAAUAUUUCAAAAAUCAUAAUGAAGAAAUUGUGAAAAUCCAAGCCUUCCUUAAAGCAAACAAAGCUAGGGAAGACUAUAGAACACUGACUGGUUCUGAAAAUCCUCCUUUGAACGUCCUGCGCAAAUUUGCUUACCUCAUGGAUCAGAGUGAUUUAGACUUUCAAGAAGAGCUAGAAGUAACAAGGUUAAGGGAGGAGGUGGUCACAAAUAUCCGAUCUAGUCAACAGCUGGAGAAAGAUCUGAACCUGAUGGAUAUCAAGAUAGGAUUGCUGGUCAAAAACAGAAUAACUCUGCAGGAUGUUGUGUCACACAGCAAGAAGCUGAACAAAAAAAGCAAAAAUCAGGUAGAAGAGAUGGUGACUGGAGAUAAGCAGGGUAUCAAAGGCUUGAGCAAAGAGAGGAGGAAAAAGCUGGAGGCCUACCAACACUUGUUUUACCUUCUUCAGACUAAUCCAACUUACCUGGCAAAGCUGAUCUUCCAGAUGCCCCAGAAUAAAUCCACCAAGUUUAUGGAUACAGUUAUCUUCACUUUGUAUAACUAUGCUUCUAAUCCCCGAGAGGAAUACUUGCUUCUGAAGCUGUUUAAAACUGCUCUAGAAGAAGAAAUAACUUCCAAAGUAGACCAGAUUCAAGAUAUUGUCACAGGAAAUCCUACAGUCAUCAAAAUGGUUGUUAGCUUUAAUCGAGGCGCUCGAGGACAGAAUACUUUACGUCAGUUGUUGGCACCAGUGGUGAAAGACAUCAUGGAAGACAAAUCUCUAGCCAUCAACACUAGUCCUGUGGAAGUGUACAAAGCUUGGGUGAACCAAGUAGAAAUGCAAACUGGAGAGGCCAGCAAAUUACCUUAUGAUGUAACAACGGAGCAAGCACUGGCACAUCCCGAAGUAGUGAAUCGAUUGGAGUCCUCAAUUCAGAGCCUCAGAGCAGUUACUGAUAAAGUCCUUGCGUCCAUAUUCUCAUCUCUGAAUUUAAUGCCUUAUGGAAUGAGAUAUAUAGCCAAAGUUCUGAAGAACUCGCUCCAUGAGAAAUUCCCAGAGGCAACAGAAGAUGAGCUAUUAAAGAUUGUUGGAAAUCUCCUAUACUACCGAUUUAUGAAUCCAGCCAUUGUUGCCCCUGAUGGUUUUGACAUCAUUGACAUGACAGCUGGAGGCCAGAUCCAUUCUGAUCAGAGGAGAAAUUUGGGUUGUGUGGCCAAAGUCCUUCAACAUGCUGCCUCAAACAACCUAUUUGAAGGGGAAAAUGCACAUCUCUCAUCAAUGAACAGUUAUCUCUCCCAGACAUAUGAGAAAUUCAGGAAUUUUUUUCAAGCAGCCUGUGUAGUUCCUGAACCUGAAGAAAAAUUCAACAUUGAUGAAUACUCUGAUAUGGUAACACUUAGCAAGCCAGUUAUAUACAUCUCUAUUGAAGAAAUUAUCAACACACAUUCACUAUUGCUUGAGCAUCAGGAUGCCAUUGCUCCUGACCAUAAUGAUGUCUUAAAUGAGAUCCUGCAAGGUCUGGGAGAAGUUCCUCAUGUGGAGACAUUCCUUGGGGAAGGUGCUGUUGAUCCCAAUGACCCUAACAAGGAAAACACUUUAAGUCAGCUUGUUAAGACAGAAAUCUCUCUUUCAUUGACCAGAAAAUAUGAUUUACGAGAAGGUGAAGAACAGGACAUCAAGAGCCUGAUGAUGAAGACAAAAAGGCUUAUUAUUGAUGUGAUACGAGCUCAGCCAGGAGAGACACUUGCAAAAAUCUUGGAAACGCCAGCAUCUGAAUUUCAGGAAGCCGAGCACUUAAAAGUAAUUGAAAAACGUGCAAUUUUGGAUUCUAAAACACCAGAAAAAAUGAAACACAGUCGAUCUAUUCUUGAAGAAGGGCAGCUACCACUAGAACAAAAGAAAAGAAAAAUCCAGAGGAACCUCCGGACACUGGAACAGGCUGGACUGGUUUCAUUUGAAAAUAAGUACCAAGAAAUCAUCAACGAAAUAGCAAAGGAUAUCAGAAAUCAAAGAAGAUACAGACAACAUCGAAAAGCAGAACUGGUGAAACUCCAGCAGACAUUGAAUGCACUCAAUUCCAAGAAAGCUUUUUAUGAAGAUCAAAUUGAUUAUUACAACACUUACAUCAAAACCUGUUUAGAUAACUUGACAAGAAAAAAUUCACGGAGAUCAAUCAAAUUAAAUGGAAAACAAGAGGAGAAAGGAAACAAACUUAAGAACAUUUCACUGAAGUAUACAGCAGCACGGCUACAUGAAAAGGGGGUUAUACUAGGAAUUGAUGAACUUCAGCCUAACCAGUUUAAGAAUGUGAUGUUCGAAAUUACACCUGGUGAAGAGGUUGGUGACUUUGAUAUCAAAGCUAAAUUCUUGGGUGUGGAGAUGGAAAAGGUACAGCUCCAUUUUCAGGAUUUGCUUCAAAUGCAGUAUGAAGGUGUCUCUGUAAUGAAAAUGUUUGACAAAGCUAAAGUGAAUGUAAACCUCCUCAUAUUCCUGCUUAACAAGAAAUUCUAUGGGAAAUGAAGACUAAUGGUAUCUUGGACUCUGCUUCAAAUUAUCUGCAGUUCUGGGUCGGUGUUUUAACUAUUUGAAGCUAUUAUACAGCAGAUGUUUCUACAAGAAAGUCUAGAAGAAUAUACUUAUGUGCCUUUAUCAUCCUUUGAUAAAACAGUAGUAAAAUAAGGAAAUAUGAAUCAACUUGAAACACUUCCAGAUUUCUGCGGUGUAGGUACUCGAUUAAAAAUUAUAUGAUUUAGUGACAUUGCAACAUUGUGUCUCUAAUCUCUUAAGUAUGCAGGACAUGUAUUUGGGCAGCAUAUAUAGGAAUCUUUUCCCACUAAAAAUUAUAUACCCCAAUUACCAAAUAUAAUUCUCUUUUAGACAAUUAUUCUUAAUAAAAAGAAAUCCUAAGUUGUGUGUCUACAGAAUACCUUUUGCAAAUGUUUCUGGCUUUCUGCAAAAGUUAUGGCUCUUUUCCAGAGAUCUGUCAAUUGUAAAGUGAAUUAUUGUGCAAUUCAAAGUUUUUAUAGGUAAUUAUAAAUUUAACAUUGACUGUAUAAAAUAUAUAUUUUGCAAGUCAUUCCUACUAAAAAUGCACUACUGCCUCAUUGAAAUCCUAUAUACACAUCCUUUUAAUUUAUGUGUAAAGGGGCAAUUUGAAUAGUGAUCAAUUUUUUGCAAUGUACUUGAGGUAUUUUAGAGAAAUAAAUUGUGUCUGUCUUUUUGUAAGAAAAUAAAAAAUCCACAAAUAAAAUGC